GAGCAGCAUGUCGUUUGAAGGCAUUUCAGCGUGCGUUUGAAGCAGAGAGAGAUGGAAGGUUGGGACCCGAACACGAAGUCGACUCUGACACAGAUCCCUUUGCUUGCGACGAAGGCGGGUCCUCGAGACGGCGCGGCAUGGACGCAGAGGUUGAAGGAAGAGUACAAGGCUCUCAUAGCCUACACGCAGAUGAACAAGUCCAACGACAACGAUUGGUUUCGCAUCUCCGCCGCCAAUCCCGAAGGCACUCGUUGGACCGGUAAAUGCUGGUACGUCUACAACCUCCUCAAGUACGAAUUCGACCUCCAAUUCGAUAUCCCUGUCACCUACCCUUCCACCGCCCCCGAACUCGAACUCCCUCAAUUGGACGGAAAGACCCAAAAGAUGUACAGGGGUGGAAAGAUCUGCUUGACUGUGCACUUCAAACCUCUUUGGGCCAAAAAUUGCCCUAGAUUUGGUAUUGCUCAUGCACUUUGCUUAGGUCUUGCACCAUGGCUUGCAGCUGAGGUUCCCAUUCUUGUGGAUUCUGGUAUGAUUAAGCACAAAGAUGACGCAACCACAUCAACUGAAUCUUAGUUAAUCACAAGUCUUGCUGAAACUGUAAAAGUAGAACUCAGGUUUUUUUUUCUUGCCUGAUUGGUCGAGGGAAAUAAAAUGAGCUGUAUGACCACAGGAUUUUCCUUAUGUAACUGCAGAUAUUGACGUAGUCUGGCAAAUUAAUAUAUAUUGCAUAUGCAACAUGAAUGAUUUUUAUCUGAGCUUCA